AUGAAUGAAACUACAGACAAACUUAACUCUUCUCUUAUUCUUCCUUUCAGCAAAGAUUAUGAGUUCUGUUCAAAUGGUGUGUAUUUCUAUUGUGGAAAGAUGGGUUCAGGUAAGACAUUUAACCUCAUUCGUCAUAUACUCAUAACAGAGCGUUUAGGAAAUGACUCAUAUUAUGACCAAAUCAUUAUAUCAGCAACUUCAGACUCUAUGGAUUCAACAGCGAAAACAUUUAUGUCAAAAGUUCAAGCCUCUGUCGUUAAAGUUCCAGACAGUGAACUCAUUGAAUUUCUUCAACGUUACAUUCGACGUAAGAGGAAAUAUUAUGCCAUCGUAGAGUUCAUACAGUCAGGAAUGCAAAAGACUUCUGAGGAGAUGGAAAGAAUUAUUGACAAACACCACUUACGUCAAUACUCAGGAGUUUACGAUAUGAAACGACUUACAAA